AUGUCUGGAUGUGCUCUGAAAGCCAUUAUUACUGACCAAGCUAAAGCAAUGAAAAAUGCAAUUGAGGUUGUGUUUUCCCAAAGUCGACAUCGUUGGUGUCUUUGGCACAUAAUGAAAAAGAUUCUUGAGAAGUUAAGUGGUUAUCAAUCAUACAAGCCAAUUAAAAAAGCAUUGAAAAAUUGUGUUUAUAAUUCUUUGACUAGGGAAGAACUUGAAAGAACAUGGGGUCUAUUCAUCAACGAUUUCAAUCUUCAAGACAAUGCAUGGUUAAAUGGUUUAUAUGAAGGAAGAAAUCGUUGGGUUCCUACUUUUGUCAAAGACACAUUUUGGGAUGGAAUGUCAACCACUCAACGUAGUGAGAGUAUGAAUGUAUUUUUUGAUGGAUAUGUCAACUCAAAGACAAUACUUAAGCAAUUUGUUGAACAAUAUGACAUUGCUUUAAGAGACAAGAUUGAGAAGGAGAAUCGAGAUGAUUUUCAAUCCUUUAGUACAUCGAUUCCAUGUGUGACUCAUUUUGCAAUAGAAAAGCAAUUUCAGACAGCCUACACAAAUACAAAGUUUAAAGAAUUUCAAAAAAAGUUAAUUGGGAAGAUUUAUUGUGAUGUUUCUUGUGUUAAUGAAAGUUCUGGGUUAUUCAAUGUAUGUGAGGUUGUGUUUUUUUAUGAAGUAAGUAAAGAAGUUUAUUUCAGUUCAUCUCAACAAAGAAAAUUAUGA